GGUCGAAGGAGGGGGACGCGUGCAACUGUUUUCGAUAAUCGUCCGCGCGUUCCGUACGUGAAAAGCGGACAGUAUCCCGAGAGUCACGUCCGCGUAAAAACGGAUAUAUGCCCAGAAUAUUUAUUAAGUGGGUGGCUGUGCGUGACUUUUCCCCUGUGAAUAGCUAGCCCGUAAAUGAUCGCCCACGAAAAUAGAACGGGCGUUUGUUUGAUAACUGAAAACGUCUUCGGCUGAAACGUUAAGCGGCUUCGCGGAACUUGGGAGUUAUCAGUGCCGCCCCGAACUGUUGUUACUGUGGACUUUGUGACUGUAUAUCGCCAGUGUGGAGGCAUUGACUGUGACAGUGACUGCGAACUGAUGAGAGCGGGCAAAAGGUUAAGAAUUUUCCGAAAAUGACGUGCGGCCUGGUGGUUUUGGACUAGUAGUUGAGUGUUGUGAGAAUGUUGCCGUAUCAGGCGGUAGCUAUGGACUACGCAGUGGCCUCGGCUGGUUUCCACCACCACCAGAGGCCGGGCGGGCUGCCCGGCGUGAUGGGCCUGCCGGGCCCGGGCGCGGGCCUGAGUCCGGGCCUGAACCCGGCCUUCACCCAUUCCUGGUUCGUACAGACAAGCCCGGAUAUCUGUCGGCAGCAACAAGCAUCCAACCAAUCGCAUCUCGAACCUGGCAUCCUCGAGCUCCGAAAAGAGAAAAGUAGAGACGCAGCGCGCUCUAGACGUGGCAAGGAGAACUACGAGUUCUAUGAACUGGCGAAGAUGCUGCCACUCCCUGCUGCCAUCACCAGCCAGCUGGAUAAGGCCUCCAUCAUCAGGCUGACGAUCAGCUACCUCAAACUACGGGACUUCUCAGGGCAUGGGGACCCGCCAUGGAGUCGAGACCCGCCUCCGACUAGCAAGGCUUUGAAAGGUGCCCAGAGCAGAAGAACGCCGGCAGGGCUGGCGAUGGACCUGUUCGAGCAGCAUCAAGGCACACACAUACUCCAGUCCCUCGACGGAUUCGCGCUGUCGGUAGCGGCCGAUGGCAGGUUCCUGUACAUAUCUGAAACUGUAUCUAUAUAUUUAGGAUUAUCACAAGUAGAAAUGACCGGGAGUAGUAUAUUCGACUACGUCCACCAAGCGGACCACGCCGAGAUCGCGGAGCAACUGGGACUGUCCCUCGCGGGUAGGACCGGAGGGACCGGCCUGAACAGCCCUGCUUCGGGCAGCGAAGAGGGCAGCCAGCACGGCACCAAUAACCCUGAUGUAUCAUCGCAAAUGAGCCUUGCGGCCAGCGGGGCGCUCUACCGGGGAAUGGACCGGGCGUUCUGCGUGAGGAUGAAGAGCACGCUAACGAAGAGAGGGUGCCAUUUCAAGUCUUCAGGAUACAGGGUGGUCCUCAUGCUCUGCCGCCUUCGGCCGCAGUACUCCUUUUCACACAGUCGGAAGUCUCCAACAGUCCUUCUCGGGAUGGUGGCUUUAGCCAUCGCACUACCACCCCCUUCAGUCCACGAGAUCAGGCUGGAGUCGGAUAUGUUCGUCACCAGGAUCAACUUCGACUUCAGGAUAGCGCACUGCGAACCCAGCAGGGUAUCGGAGCUUCUUGGGUAUACGGCGGAAGAGCUGACGGGGAAGAAUCUGUACGCGUUAUGCCACGGAGAAGAUGCCAACAAACUUAGAAAAUGUCACGUAGAUUUAAUGAACAAAGGGCAGGUCCUGACGCACUACUACAGGAUAAUGAACAAGCUGGGCGGUUACACCUGGAUGCAGACCUGCGCCACCGUCGUCUGCUCCUCCAAGAACGCGGAGGAGCAGAACAUCAUCUGCAUCAACUACGUCAUCAGUGGUCGAGAAUAUCCGAACACUGUGAUGGACUGCUGCCAGUUAGAAGAGAGCGUCCAAGGAGUGAAGAGAGAAGAAACUGUAGGCGAUCCUGAAAAUGGGCCUCCUGAUACGGAUAAUUCUGGAGGACCGCCGCCUCCUCCCAGACAUCAGCAAGAGAGAACCGAACCCCCGACCAAUGCAGAGUCUGCUUCUACCGCGCCUGUCCCCACAUCGGAUGUCACACACCUCACCAGACUGAACGAUACACAACCACUACCUCUGCACAACAGCACGGAAAGAACCUCCCCGAUGCCUGCCAGAAGACUGAAAAAACGAAAACACACGACCGAGGAAGAUGAGGAAAGAGAUGAGGAGAGACGAAAGUCCUCGUCCAACCCAGGCGCAGCUAUAUCACCAGCAGAACGGGACAUGACCAAAAAUAACUUAGCAAUACCCGAAGGCACGACAGAUGCCACCUCUGUGAGGGAUUUAGAAAACGCUAUGUCAAAGCAUCUGCCGUCUGUGGCGUUGGACGGCAAGGAGAUAUCCCAUCGACCGACUGACUUCUCUACUGAUGCUUUGCUGAAACAGCAGCAGCAGAAAUCUACGAUUCAAUGGAUCGGCACUCAGAACCAUCACUUGAAUCAUUUAAAUAGACAAAUACAAGGAAACCACACGUCGACGCCGGCGUCUGCUUUAUUGAGGCAACUGUAUGCGAAUAGAGAGAGCGUUAUCAGAAGCAACUUCCUCGGGGAUGGUCGAACUGGCGGCUACUACUCCAGCGAUGGUCAGAGCGGGCCCUUACCAACUCCUCCAGGAAGCGAGGGUUCCAGUUACGGCGAGCAGUUAGGUCAUAAAGGCACGGAUAUAGGUUCUUUAGCUUACGGUGGUUACGCGGACUACCAUUCCGCGAUGACGCCGCCAGGUUCUGUGUCUCCUAGAGAUAAGCAGCAGUAUACUUUGUCGUACGAUAACAGUGCUUAUUCUGAGGCUUUAAGGCACUCGUAUUUAGGUGAGGCGCCGUUGCCGUUGAAGCCCCAGGCGUAUUCUGCGGUCCCGGGGGCUUUGGACUACGCGUCUCCUUUGGACCAGUCCCAGUUUUUCCAUCCACCUUCUUCGUUCCAUUUGUAUCACCCCCAAGCGCAUACUGCGCACGCGACCCAUUCCCAUCAGCCCGUAGACAAAUCCGCGCCUCCUAAUACCAACUGGUACUCGGCCGGGUCAUAGCCAUAUUUACGAUAGCCCGAAUCAUUAGGUCAUAGAAUCAACGUGCUCAUUUGGGAGUAUUGUACUGUUUCUGUUCAAUUGGUUAACAUUUGUGUUGUUAAGUUUCGUAUUUUUGUUAAAGUUAGAAUGUUUGUUCAAGUGUUAUUUUUACACAAAGUUAGAUAAUUUUCGAAUGGUAAAUUGUAAAUAUUGAUCGAUUUAUAACUGGCGAAAAUUUCACGAAAUUGUAUACGGACAAAAAGACUUAGUAUGAAGUUAAAUACUCAGAAGAAAUAAUUUCGAUGGUGUAACUAUGACUUUUUAAGCCAAUGUUGGAUAUUACUGUUAAUUAUGUGCCAAAUCCAGGUGCUUACGGCUCUCGACAGAUGCAUUUGAAUUUAGCUAUAUGAAAGAAAAACAUACAUUCCUUAUUGUGUAGCAUAAGUGUUACUUAUAACUUGGUUAAAAUUACAGAAAAGCCCAAAUAUCUAUUAAAAUCUGGGUCUGAAAUAAACAUGCCAUUUUCAUUAACACACCAUAAAUCUGUAUUAAUUUUUAUAUGACUAUACUAUUUAGCUAAAUUUUAGCCUGAAAUAGCAAGAAUGACAAAAAAACUGCUAAUUUACUGAAUGUAGCCGAUAUUUUUAAACAAAAGCUCUUAAUUUUGGAGUUGUAGAUGGUUUUAAAAUGGCCGUCUGGGUCAACGAUUCAGUGAUUUUUUCGUGUCUACUAAGGUACGAGUAAACCAAAUAAGUAUUAAUAAAAGCAAGGCCAUAAAUUGACUAAUCUGUUAUAACCAGUGGGCUACUAUAGCUUAUUGCAUAUCAUUUUAAUGUAAGCUUCUGUAAAUUAUUGUACCAUACUUAGUAUACACGACUGUACUUAGGUAUUAGCUAUACAUUCCAAUGUGUAAAUUGUAGUUUUAAGUACUGUAUCUAUAUUAUUUCCUAGAAAUAAGAUUUCAUGUAAAUAAUGCAUUAUUUAGGUAUAUUAUUAUUUAUAACGUCGCUCAAAGACUAGUUUCAGCUGAAUCUUACUGAAAAUCAUCUGAUUGUUAUUGCAGCAAUCUGAAAUACUACUGAAUAGUGAAUCUAUAGCAUUUAAUUACUUUAACGGUCGAUAAUCACAGAUAUUCCAUAAUAACUGUUUAUUUUAUAACUCAUGUUAAAUCAUGACAGUCUACGACAAAAUACUCAAUUCAAACUGAUUUUCUUAUGUAUUAGUUCAAGCCAAAUGCAAUAUAAAAUACGUGUUUAUUUUCUUAUAACUUGUAUGUAAUUUUUAUAAAUCGAUUAGGUAUUAAUUCAAUAAUAUUAUAUUGGUAAUAUUUAUGCUACUUUCUCUGUGCAAUACGAGUGAAAAAUGUUGUUCAUUUCAAUUUUAUAGGCUUCGUUAAACUUAAAGUAAGGUAUCAUUAAAAUUGUAAUUAUCAUAAUAAAAUUGGGAAUAGGCUUUCGAUGCAAUUAUCUGUUAUGUUUUUCCAGUGUUUCUUUAAACGAACUUCAUUCCAUGUAUUAUUAUUAUUUUAGUUGAUAUAUUGAACAAAAA